AUGUUGUGGAUCAAUUUAAUGCAAAGUGCCCAGCUCCUGCACCAGCCACAGCUCCAGCUCCUGUACCAACCCCAGCUCCAACCCCUGUACCAGCCCCAGCUACAGCCCCUGUACCAGCCCCAGCUCCAACCCCUGUACCAGUCCCAGCUACAGCCCCUGUACCAGCCCCAGCUACAGCUACAGCCCCUGUACCAGCCCCAGCUACAGCCCCUGUACCAGCCCCAGCUCCAACCCCUGUACCAGCCCCAGCUACAGCCCCUGUACCAGUCCCAGCUCCAAUCCCUAUACCAGUCCCAGCUACAGCCCCUGUACCAGCCCCAGCUCCAACCCCUGUACCAGUCCCAGCUGCAGCCCCUGUACCAGCAAUGCAGUGAUAACCAACAAUCCCAGCUCCAACCCCUGUACCAGCCCCAGCUACAGCCCCUGUACCAGCCCCAGCUCAAACCCCUGUACCAGCCCCAGCUACAGCCCCUGUACCAGCCCCAGCUACAGCCCCUGUACCAGCCCCAGCUCAAACCCCUGUACCAGCCCCAGCUACAGCCCCUGUACCAGCCCCAGCUCCAACCCCUGUACCAGCCCCAGCUACAGCCCCUGUACCAGCCCCAGCUCCAACCCCUGUACCAGUCCCAGCUACAGCCCCUGUACCAGCCCCAGCUACAGCCCCUGUACCAGCCCCAGCUCCAACCCCUGUACCAGCCCCAGCUCCAACCCCUGUACCAGUCCCAGCUCCAACCCCUGUACCAGCCCCAGCUCCAGCCCCUGUACCAGCCCCAGCUCAAACCCCUGUACCAACCCCAGCUACAGCCCCUGUACCAGCCCCAGCUACAGCCCCUGUACCAGCCCCAGCUCAAACCCCUGUACCAGUCCCAGCUACAGCCCCUGUACCAGUCCCAGCUACAACCCCUGUACCAGCCCCAGCUCAAACCCCUGUACCAGUCCCAGCUACAGCCCCUGUACCAGCCCCAGCUCAAACCCCUGUACCAGCCCCAGCUCAAACCCCUGUACCAGUCCCAGCUACAGCCCCUGUACCAGCCCCAGCUACAGCCCCUGUACCAGCCCCAGCUCCAACCCCUUACCAGCCCCAGCUCAAACCCCUUGCCAGCCCCCGCUCAAACCCCUCCCCAGCUCAAACCCCUGUACCAGCCCCAGCUACAGCCCCUGUACCAGCCCCAGCUCAAACCCCUGUACCAGUCCCAGCUACAGCCCCUGUACCAGCCCCAGCUCCAACCCCUGUACCAGCCCCAGCUCCAACCCCUGUACCAGCCCCAGCUACAGCCCCUGUACCAGCCCCAGCUCAAACCCCUUACCAGCCCCAGCUCAAACCCCUGUACCAGUCCCAGCUACAGCCCCUGUACCAGCCCCAGCUCCAGCCCCUGUACCAGCCCCAGCUCCAACCCCUGUACCAGUCCCAGCUCAAACCCCUUACCAGCCCCAGCUCAAACCCCUUACCAGCCCCAGCUCCAACCCCUGUACCAGCCCCAGCUCAAACCCCUGUACCAGCCCCAGCUCAAACCCCUGUACCAGCCCCAGCUCAUACCCCUGUACCAGUCCCAGCCCCAACCCCUGUACCAGUCCCAGCUCAAACCCCUGUACCAGCCCCAGCUCAAACCCCUUACCAGCCCCAGCUCAAACCCCUUACCAGCCCCAUACCAGCCCCAGCUCAUACCCCUGUACCAGUCCCAGCCCCAACCCCUGUACCAGUCCCUGCUCAAACCCCUGUACCAGCCCCAGCUCAAACCCCUGUACCAGCCCCAGCUCAAACCCCUGUACCAGUCCCAGCCCCAACCCCUGUACCAGUCCCAGCUCAAACCCCUGUACCAGUCCCAGCCCCAACCCCUGUACCAGUCCCAGCUACAGCCCCUGUACCAGUCCCAGCUCCAACCCCUGUACCAGCCCCAGCUCAAACCCCUGUACCAGUCCCAGCCCCAACCCCUGUACCAGCCCCAGAUACAGCCCCUGUACCAGCCCCAGCUACAGCCCCUGUACCAGCCCCAGCUCCAUCCCCUGUCCCAGCCCCAGCUCCAACCCCUGUACCAGCCCCAGCUACAGCCCCUGUACCAGCCCCAGCUCAAACCCCCUGUACCAGCCCCAGCUCAAACCCCUGUACCAGCCCCAGCUCAAACCCCUGUACCAGCCCCAGCUCAAACCCCUGUACCAGCCCCAGUUCCAACCCCUGUACUAGUCCCAGCUCCAGCCCCUGUACCAGUCCCAGCCCCAACCCCUGUACCAGCCCCAGCCCCUGUCCCAGCCCCCAGCCCCAGGCCCCAGCUCCAGCUCCAUCCCCUGUCCCAACCCCCAGCCCCCAGCCCCAGCUCCAGCUCCAUCCCCUGUCCCAGCCCCAGCUCCUGCCCCUGUUCCAGCCCGAGCUCCAGGCUUAGCUCCUGCCCCAACACCAGCCUCAGGUCCAGCCCCUACCAGUACCAGCCCCUUCCCUGGUGA